AUGGCAAACGCUGACGAUCCAAACAGCCAGCAAAACUUCAUCACAGACCCCACAUUACGUCUCCUCCUAAUUUUGGUCGUAACAGUAGCCUUCGUCAUCUCCGUCUACCGUCUCAUCAUUGUCUGUCGCCGCCUCCGCCUCCGCCGCCAACUCGGUGGCAGCCGUCUCAACAAUACUGCUAACUCUCGAGUCCCAAUACAAUUGGAGCCACCACCACACCCCAGCGAGCUGCCGAUGAUGAUCACCAGUCCCGUAAUGUCGAUGGUCGAGCUCGUCCCGCAUGAUAAUGAGAAAAUCCGCGGAGGCCAGAAAAUAUUGGUGAGAGAACACGGAAACAACGACGUCGUUUGUGAGAAAACUGGCGAGGGAAGAAUGGUGGGAAACGACGCCCUUGUUUGUGCUGUUUGCCUUAGCGAAUUCGAAGAGAAAGAAGAGCUGCGGAUACUGCCUGAGUGUUUGCACUCGUUUCACAAGCCGUGCAUUGACAUGUGGCUUUUCUCUCAUUCCACUUGUCCUAUCUGCCGAACCGAAUCCGCCGUACUUUCUCCGUUGCCGCCGCCUGCAUCAAGGCAAAUGUCUUGA